GGUGUUCUUGUUUAUUUUUCUGGCAUACAAACGCCUGCAACCUAUCUCAACAUUUUGCCACAAUGUCACGUGACUGGUUUGGCGAAUCUCCUUGCGUCAUUUCACUUCCCUCUGUUGCUGUGUGUUAGGCCUACUCAGUGUUUUGGCUGGUGUGUCUUGCGGCGUCUGUGGCUGCCUACUAUUGCGAAACUAGGUUCUGAAGUGUGUUUUGCGGUGGACGUGGACAACAAGAAGUGCUAGUCAUGGCGUUACCAAUUUGAAGUUUGUUUGGUUUAGUUUCAUGAGCAGUGCGAAAUACUUUUUUCGAGCGUCUGGCUCUCUCGUUUGUUUGGGGGUGACUUUCACUGUCCAAAGAUGUCGAGUGAUGCAGAAACUGCCCAACAGUCUGCUGCAGCUGAUGGCUUAGACAUUGACAACUGUGCAACAUCUAAAAGUGAGGCAGUGCCCCCUCAAGGACCAGCGCAUGAGAUGUCACGGUACCAUAUAUCAAAACAAGACAGAGAAUCUCUGAGCAGCGUGAGCAGUGACUCUGGUGAUGUUUCCAAUGGCCACUGCUGCGACAUUGAAGAAGAAGGCAUAGUAGUCAUCCCCGAGUAUAAUACCCCCAUUAUUGGCUACGAAGUCAUGGAAGAACGUGCAAGAUUUACAGUGUUCAAGAUCAGAGUGGAGCAUGUUGAAACGGGCCGCUACUGGUUUGUCUUCAGGCGGUACACUGAUUUUGCAAGGCUGAGCAAAAAGCUCAAACCACGAUUCCCUGGUCUGCAACUCUGCUUGCCUCCCAAGCGGUGGUUUGGAAACAAUUUUGAUCCCAUGUUUCUUGAGGACCGUGUACUGGGUCUACAGGCAUUUGUCAAAAACAUUAUGGGCCACAGAGAUAUAAGCAAGAGUGCACCGGUGAGAGAGUUCUUCUGCUUGGAUGAUCCUCCUGAGCCAUUAGACACCAUUGAAGAGAGCAGGGCGUUAUGUGAAAACUUGGAAGAGCAAGUGUACCGACUGAACCAGCAGUUGCGUGAGCGUGAUGCAGAGAUAGAAGUGCUUCGUUCUGAGUUGGACUCUUUGCGGCUUCAACAUGGUGUCCUUGUCAAGGCACUCAAGCUGGAGUGUUCUCUGGCGAGCUGGGCCAGCGCACAGCUCUCGAGACACCGGCCACAGCUGCCAUCAUCGCAUGCCUUUGGUCUGCACGCUCUCAACCUCACCCUGUCCUCCAUGGCUGAUGGUUCCAAGGAAGUGGCUAGCAAUCAGGAAGCAGCAAGUUGCCCCAUGACAUCUGAAAUUGGAGGCGGUGGAGAUGCUCGAUGAUCCUCUCGUACAAGCCAAGAAUCUACUAGAAAUGCAUGAACUGUGCAAAUAAUCCUCAUUGGAAUUUUUAAAAUAUUUUAUCGUGCCCAAUAUCUGAAUUCAUUGUACAUGCUGAAAACGAGAAAGAGUCUUGCAGAUUACUUUCUUCCUAUAUUGUUUAACACAACAGAGCUUAGUGCACAAGUAUUGGCGCUAAGUUUCUCAACGCAUGUUAUGCUGCAGCAUAUAACCAGUCAGGCAAUGGCCAUUUUAACAUUUUUUAUUAAUGGGAUACAUAUAAAACUGAUACCUUUGGCUUUUGAGCAGAUAUGAAUAAUGGGUUUGUAUUUUUGGUGUCAGUCUGGAUAUGAUUCCAUAAGCAGUAGAAGUGUGCACCUUUAGUGCGAACAUGACAGACUUCUUUUAGCCUGUUGUAAAAAUGAAUGCAGUGUUACAUUGUUGCCGGGAAGCAUUGCAUGACAUGUUUACAAUGUGUGUUUUGACUGCUCAGGGGUGCAUGGGCUCUCGUUUUUAUUUGUGCUUAGGACAUAAAAUUGUCAUUGGCGUUUCAUAGAGACUUCAUGACAUGCUGGAAUAAUUUUACACAAGUGCAAUACCAAUGUCAUAUUGUUUUAUUUGUGAACCAGUCGUACUAUGUGUGGAGUUUUUGAAGUAUUGAAAUAGUGCAAACAAACAAAAUAUUGUAAUCUGCGUGGUUGCAUGCUUACUGAAGUAUCAGUGUACAAAAUUUGUGUUGCCGUCUAAUGUCUUGAACCACAGCUGCUGAUGAAUAUGGCUAAAAUUUGAGAAUUGCUUCAUUCAUUCUUCGUGCACAAAGUGACUAAAAUAGCACUUUUUUAAUAGUAAAAGAUGCUUCUGCUGUUGUGAACUAACAUGCAGAUGUGUAAAUCAAGAGAUUCUAAGACCUUGAGAAAUGUUUCUACUUGUUUUGGGCUGUAGCACUGAAGAGGUUACAGACAAUGUAAAAAAGCAGAGCUAUAUAUGGAUAAAGGUGACCACAUAUUUACCCAUGUUAUUUUGGUGUGAUUGUACAGUAUUUUGUGUUGUGCAGUAUUAAAUUGGUUCAGUAGACUCCCCCUGUCUGCAGAUCCCCCUUCACAUGUGAUAUAAAGGAUUUAGAGUUCUUUUUUCUUUUCUAUAUAUUUUUACUUAUUCUCUCUCCAUGUUGUCAUUACUUCUUGAAAUAAUAAGUGGUGCCAACCAAAUGGUUAGUUAAUACUAUAACUAGAUUGUUUGUUAUUCGCAGCUCAAUAAGGCACUGUUAUAUUGAAGCACGUUUAGCCAACAUGCCAGGUGCUACACAAGAGAAUAUUAUGGCUUUGUCUUUUUCAUUGUGCUCAGUCAACUUUGGAAAUGCAGAAUCUCAUUUGUAUUUUGUUGGUUAAUGUUGCAAACAAAUCAAGUCAUUAUGUACCCCCUAAAGAGCAUUUUAUUGACAGAAUUUUUCAGAUUGGUUUGUCAUUGAGCGGUCUUAUUACCAUGCCACUAGGAAAUGAAACACCACUCCACAGAAAUCCUCCCUGUCUGCCUUGGUUAGGGUAUGCAAGCAGUGUUCGUUCUCUGCAUUUUCGCAAGUACCUGAAUGGAAGGUCUGUGUCACUUUAGUGUGAUUAGCCACACUUCCUUCUUUUUACUUUUUUUCUUUUUGUUUUUUAGCACAUGAUUACUAGAAGCAUUUCACUUUUCACGUUGAAGGAUUAACCAAAAGGCGCGUGUCAUGAUCAGCGAUCUUACAAGUCGUUAGUGUUGCAAACAGCAUUUGUGUGUGGGACUUUUAUUCUUGGAAUGCAGUUUUGUGUUCGAAGUUUCAGCUAUCAGAUAGUUCUACUAUACUUCACAGGCACAAUCACUAUCGGGAGAUCUGUGCACUGUGCUUGUUUGUUUGGAAUACCCAAACCUGGUGAGGAACCCUUUAAAGGCCCUCCCACAGGCAGCAAUUUUCCCAGUAGAAAAGUGGCAGCCCACCACUUGAAGGCCAGCAGCCUAAAUGGAGCUAACAAUUGCUAACAAUUGAACCGGUCUUGAUUCGAGUCGGUGUCUAGCCGUCGUCUUUGGCAUUCGCGACCUCAUUUGGGUUUGACUGCAUCCUACUUCUGGUCACAAAAAUACUGAAAUCAUGGCAGUGGUCGACACCUGUUCUUGUUGCAAGUGUGCGUGGUGCAUUGAAGGCAUGCUGUCGUGUCAGUACCUUGGUGCUUGCUACAGAAAGUUCUCAAGAAUCUUAAUUCGUUCCAUGUGGGUGGCCUGCUAGGCUGGGCACUACAGAACACACAGCAUCCAGGAUAUUGAUUCAAGAAACUUUUUUUGUUUCUAUUUUGGUUUUGCAAAUGGUUAGGUCCAGCUUCAUCUUCAGAGUUGGAAAAAGACGGUUUGAACCAGUGCCGAUUCGUUUGUAGAACAGAAGAAUUGCCAUUAAAAAAAAUUUUUUUUUUAAUUCUUGUUUUCUGUGCACUGAAAAGGGUGAAUAUCUCUGCUUUAAGAAAUUGCAGUGUUUGUCUCUUAUUUUUUAUGAUGCGUGAUGCACCAUGUUUACUGAAAAUAAUUGUCUAAGUGGUGAACCAAAACCUUUAAAUUAUGUAACAAUCUGCAUUAUUUCUGCGUCAGCCAAUAUACAAUCCCAGCGAGCCAAAACUUAUAUUCACAGUGCUCUUGUGAAAGUUGCUGGUGCAUGAUGUGAAUUCAAGUGAACUUCUGAACUGUAAGGUAAACAUGACUCAUGCCUGUUUAGAAAGUAAUUGUGUGUGGUUUGCUUAAAUGUACCUUGCUACUCUUUUUCAUGUAAUCAUCGCACGACUUCAUUGUCGGAGCUUAGGCCUCACGAUUUGAUUUCAAAAGAAAAAAAUUUAAUUUGGUAAGUACGAGCGGAACUGAUGGGAUUCAUCACUCACUUUAGGUCCCAACAAACAGCCAGGAGGCUACCCAGAAGGAGGGGGGGGGGGGGGGGGGUCAUAAAGGGGCAAGAAACUACGUGGAUGCUUCAUGACCUUGAGCUUGGGAUGAUCAUCAAAUCGGUCAGUCGCCAUACCCUUCCAUCCGUUGACAUAGCCGUGCCCAUCAAUGAUGCAAUUUGCUGGGAGAUCAGCGAGAAUUAUUAGCUUUCUUCGAAUUGCAAAUGUAAAUUUUCUGCCACGUGCAGUGCUACAAUAUUUGGGUUGCGCGUCCACAGUGAUCUCAAGUAAUGAUCAGCUGCAUUUUCUGACCAUGUUCAAAGAAUGUUACACGGGCAACUGCCUGACAGAAGUCAAUCUUUAUCUCAGCCACGUUAGGCUUUAAUUGUCAGGGAAAUUUAUUGUCACAAGCUUCAGUCAUUGAUGCAUGCAUUCAGCACAUAACCUCCCUCCCAGCAUAGCGAAUUCAUGAGCAAAAAGCUUCAGAGGAUGGAGUGAAUUGGAAAUGAAAGCAACCACUUUGUUUGCAUUUAGGUUUUGCUUAGAAGCGAUAAAAUUCCAAUGCUGUUCCGGUUUAAUUACAAUGCUUAUGAACAUAACAUUUUUGUUCUUGCUAAUAUUCUAAGGAUUGUAAAGGAUGAGGAGAUUUUCAGUUCAUUCGUGCUAUAGCGUCACUCUUUUCGAAGGAAACUCUGUGUCAUCAUAGGCCUUUGGUACUUUUUGUGUGUGAAAUGGGCACCUCUUGUAUCAACAGGUGCUCAUACAUUAGGUGAUUUUUUUUUUCUUUAUCCCUGCAUCAGCACAAGGAGGUACAGGAUGCACUUCCCUUUUUAGCCUUUUCCAUCCUGUCGAGACCAACUGUUGUGAAGUGGCAAUCAUAUUUUCCCUUUUCCAACACACCUUACUUCUCAAACCACUGGUUCAACUCGGGAAAGAAAACAGCACAGAAAAGACACAAUACGAGAAAGACAAGGCACGCGGGUACAGCACUGCAUCUGUGCCUCUUCUGCAUGUUCCAAUUGAUAUUCUCUCAUUCUUAGGUAUGAGCUAGCUCACCCAAGCAUUCGUCUCAACUGCAUGUUUUCAUCCAUAUGGUUAGCCGGCCUCUUUAGUAUCCACCACACUUCUCUUUAUGGUCACAGCAGUCUUGCACACUUUCAGUGGCAGAUCAAUCACAAACGCAAGUUAUCUCUAGGAAAAUGGGUUGGCUCUUGUGUUUAAAUAGAGAACUAGUACACGAUGAAAAAAAAAAGAGCAACAAACUAAAUGCAAUGGGUGUGUAGAGAUAAACUACAUGCAAAUAUGCUGGUUAUCAACUUCUUCCUUUACAUAUCUGCUGCCUUUAAACAUAUUUGUCAGAUGGAAACUCUAGUUUGUUCAGGUAAACAAUAAUAUAUUUUAUCAUAAUUGCUGUUCAUAUCCUUGAAAGCUCACUUGGGGCAUCUCGAGCUAUGGGGAUGUCCACGGUGGUUACCUCUAUCGAAAUUUGCUGCAAUGCCACCACAUCAUUAUGCUGUUACAUUUUGCAACUUCUCCAUUGAGCCUCUAUGCUUUUAGAGUAGCCCAAUGUCGUGAGCUCAAUAACUGUAUAGCCGCCAUUGUUGUGUCCACUGUAGCGAUGGACGUAAGCCUUUUCGAAAAUGGUGGUACCGUCAACAUAAAAUUAGAUGUGAAUAGGAAAAAAUAAACUUAGUUUUUGUGGCUGGAUAUUUUUGGUGCUGUAACGUAUUGUGCAUAGAUCCAUAUUAAUACCUGAACCAUUGAAUGGAAAUGCCAGUAGUAAUAUAAAGUGUAAACAUUUGUUUUUCUUUGUAUGUGUAGCCGUAAGAGGAUGCAAAUUGAAGCAAUUACAUGUUUGUCACCAUGAAUUCGACAUUCUAAUUUCACAUGUUAAAGGGUAUAAGAACACUUUGCAUGGUAUCAAAAGCUUAUGAUAUAAGGUCAAGGUAGUGUGACAAAUCAUAGUUGGGUCACUUUUGAGCACCUGCCAUUCAACAUAAGCAAUGGCCACCAUUUCAUCUAGAAAAAAUGUCUCUGCUGUGGUCGAGUACAGCUAACUCAUGCCCAAACACAACAAAAGGAAAUAAAUAUCAAAAAAGGUAUGACCUUGCAUUACCUUGUUAAUUUUCUUGCGGCAGUACGUAGUGAUGUUCUUAGGUCCAACUUUUUCUUCGUAAUUUCAUCUUGUUGAAAUUUUGCAUAUGCUUUGUUCAGUGCAAGUUGAGCACAAAUGUCUCCACUUGAAAUAACUACAAAAAAAAAGAUUCUGCAUUUGCGGCAGAGAUGGUCGGUGAUGCGAGCAUUCAGAAUUUUUCAUUGUAUUUUAAACUGUAGCUUAAUGCGACGUAUUCACUGCCCGAAAGAGUUAGCACAUCAAAAAAUAAAAGCCUGGUGUCACUUAGAGGUGUUGCACCACAUUUGAAUAUAGCUACAUGAAAAUAAAGGCCAGUUUGGAUGGAUUGCUGUCAUCAUUGCCUUCAUGUUUGACAUUUCAACUUUAGUAAUCUAAAAAAAAAAGAAUGAUUGAUUAUGGUAAAAUUUUUAUUUCUAGCAUGUGCAUAUUGUAAACAUUGUCAUUUUAGAGUGCUUAAAGGUUUAUUAACAAGGUUGAUGUGAUCCAGCUUUGUACUGUGCUCAAGUUCUUCAUGAGUGUUUAGCGAACUUUGGCCAAAGGAAAACAUGCCAUGCUAAGGCCAUAAAUAUUUAUUGCACUGGCAGCUGCGAAAAUUAUGGCAUAAGCACUUUUUAAAGACCCAGAGACCCAUGAGUAAAAUUACUUUUGCAUGCUCAAAGUGAUGACAGUGAUAUUUUGGUUUGUGGUAAUAUAGUUGCAUGUACCAUUAAUUUUUUAAAACCUUUAUGGAAAUGCAAAGCACUUUAAUUGAUAGCAUGUGAACAGCUUCUCUCUCUCAGUUUAUAUAUAUAUAUCCAUCCCCAAAGCUGUUCCUGGGCUAUGGGCAGCAUACUUGAGCGCUCAUCACCCAAGUUUUCUGAACAUGCACAGGGACACUGGCACACAGAUUAUUUUGUGUAUCUCCUCAUAAAAAUACAGUUGCCCGAAAUAAAGAGGGAAAAUUUAUGCUUGAAAGUGAUGGACAGCUAGCGGCAUUAUUGGCUGCUGCAGUUGGUGCAAAUGCACCAUUUCAUGGGUCUCUUGUAUCUAACAAGUUGCAUGGCCAUGUGAGGAAAACGCAUGUCAAUGGCGCAUCUGUAGAACAGGCCACUGCAGGCUCGUUCCAAGUUCUCUCGAUGACCAGUGGCAGCUUUGAAUAUGGUAAUUUUUUUGUGUCUUUUUGGAAAACUUAAUUUUAUAAGCUUUUUAGCCAGUCAAGACUAAUAAGUAUUGAAAUGCUGUCCUGAUAAAUGAAAGAAUUUGUGCCACUACUAUGACUUUUAUGCAGUGUCUUAUAGCACUACAUUUGGUGACAACCAAAGAAUUUAGUACAAGCUCCGCCCACAAAACUGCUUUGCAUCUGUGCCUUUUGAUUCUGAAUAUAUUUGCCUGCACUGUGACAUCGUGAAGGUAAGGAAGUUGGAUUGGUUGACACAUCUAUUUAAAUUCACCAAGUUGGACAGCAAAUCAUAUGCUGUCAUUAACUAUAUCUGUGUGCUUUUACCAAAAGGUGGUUGAUGGAUGUUUCAGAUAGCUCCACAAUGUGUUGCGGCAGUAAUCAUCAACUACAGGUUUGUGCCUUGCAUAUUUUAACAUAACCUUCUCUGUCUGAAGAUGCAGUGUGAAGGAGUUUUGAACAAUAUUGCUUUUUUUAUGCUUAUUCUUGAAACUGGUUUUCAUUAAUUUGGGGAAUGUGUUGUACUGCAUGCCAUUUGAGGGUACAAACUGUGAUGGUGCUUUGUGAAACGCAGUGUCAUAACUUUUCGCGAAGCUGUCUGCUUCUGAUAAGCAUUUGUAUGUGACUGAUCUUGGGUAAAAGAAUCCAGAUGUACAGCAGAGAUGAGCUGAAUGGAAGCUCUUGUCACAUUGUGGAUUAAUAAAGUGCCUAAUGAAUGCAUGUGAA